UCACUUGUCUCAGUCGGCUCAGCUAGUUGUUUGUUGGAUAUAAAUUUGCACCUCACCCGCAAUCAGAGUGCAUUCGGCAGCGAAAUGCGCGUGCAAUCAGUGCUGAUGCUGAUUGCUAUUUGCCAAUUGACUGACGCACUGUAUGCAAAUGAGUGGGUCGUCAGGGUUCCCGGAGGCUUGGAAACUGCCCAACAGCUUGCUAAUGAGCUUCGAUAUGACCUCAUCAGACAGGUUUUAGGUUUUGACGACACGUACAUUUUCAGUCAGUUGGGCCAACCCGUGAUCCAGAAGCGGAACAGCGCGAAUUUGACAUUACGACUCUCCGGUGACUCCAGGGUUGAGUGGGCCGAGCAGCAAACGUGGAAGCGCCGAGAUAAAAGGGACCUGCUCUUGAAUGACGAGCAAAUUUCGCCGUCCCUCGGCAGGAGACGCGCCGACUUGGCCGUGCCCUAUUUUGGCUCGAUUGGAUUUUUCAACGACGAGCUUUGGGACCAGCAGUGGUACUUGCAAGACACGAGAACUAGACCAGACUUGCCACGUUUGGAUUUAAAAGUGAUUCCCGUUUACGAAAAGGGAAUAACGGGACGUGACGUCAGGGUCACUGUUCUCGACGACGGGUUGGAAUUUCGGCACAGAGAUAUUUUACCGAAUUACGAUCCUGAGAUAAGCUACGAUCUAAAUGACGGCGACUCUGAUCCGAGUCCGCGAUAUUCAAGUAAGGAGCCAAACAGCCACGGGACAAGAUGCGCCGGCGAAAUUGCAAUGGUGGCCAAUAAUUGGAAGUGUGGAGUUGGAGUUGCCUACAACGCAAAAAUAGGAGGAAUUAGAAUGCUUGACGGAGAAGCUGGAAGUUCCAUGGACCGGAUCGAAGGAGAGGCUUUGAACUUCGCGCUUGAUAAAGUUGACAUUUACAGCGCCUCAUGGGGACCUACUGAUGACGGCUGCACUGUUGAAGGACCUGGACGAUUAGCCAGGGAAGCUUUGGAAAGAGGAGUUUCUGAGGGCAGGGGUGGCAAGGGCGCCAUUUACGUUUGGGCCUCGGGGAACGGCGGCAGCAAAGGCGACGACUGCAAUUGCGACGGAUACACAUCAAGUGUGUUCACCCUGUCCGUGGGAAGUGCGUCGGAACGCGGCCAGUUCCCUUGGUACGGCGAGCGAUGCGCAUCCACCCUGGUUUCCACGUACUCGAGCGGCGCCUACUCGGAUCAGAUGAUCGCUACAACCGAUCUCUUCAAUUCUUGCACUGUCAAGCACACGGGAACAUCUGCAGCAGCACCGCUUGCUGCCGGAAUUAUUGCGCUUGCUCUCGAAGUCAAUCCCGAACUAACCUGGCGGGACGUGCAGCACCUGGUGGUUUGGACAGCUGACGUGGCCCCAUUGGCGGACAACAAGGGUUGGCAAAAGAACGCCGCAGGGCUGCACGUCAAUCGUCGAUUCGGCUUCGGUCUCAUGAACGCGUUGGCAAUCACUCAGGCGGCCGCAAAUUGGAGCACCGUGCCGCCAUGGAAACAUUGCACCAUUCAGCUCAAGGGAAAUUCGACGACCGAGACGCAAACGGAAGGAAGCGCCCGGCUGGUCUUUUCAACGGCAGACUGCGAGGAGCACGUCAACUUUUUGGAGCACGUCGAGCUCAAAGCCACGAUCGAGCAUGCCAUCAGAGGACAACUCGAGAUUUUCCUCACGUCGCCCGCAGGAACGAGAGUGCAGCUGCUGAGUCGGCGUCCCGAGGACACUUCGGGCCAGGGUUUCAAGGACUGGAGUUUCAUGUCGGUGCACACUUGGGGCGAGAAUCCUGCGGGAGAGUGGACCGUGCACAUUGUCGACACGGACGAGGCGAAAAAUCGGGCCGUCGUGAGCAAAUGCGAGUUGCUGCUGCACGGCACUCAAGAGCGGCCGCGGCACAUGCGAGAAGCGCCUACUGAGCAAACUGAAGAGAACGAGGCUGGAGACGGAACACCCGCUAAAGAGCAGCGAGCAAACAGGCAAUGGUUUAAUUAUUGGAAUGACUGGUCGUGGUAUUCCCUUAGACAAUACUUAAGCAACAACUAAUCAUCGCUCACAUUUUCUGAUCUCUGUUUAUGCAUGAAUUAAUUUA